AUGUCCACCCGCCCGCCCGCCCCCCCAAACCCAAACCCGGCACUCGCUCCCCCGCCACUCCUCCGCCGCCGCCGCCGAUCACCAUCGCCGGCGGCCCCAUCAUCCACUGGCACUAUUCCUCCUCCUCCUCCGGCCCUAAACACAUGCACCACCACCAGCAGCAGACUCGACACAUACAACAUCCCACCGCAAUUCCUCUACGGCGGUGGCAGCAGCAGCAGCAGCAGCACAAGAUCGCCUGACGGCGUCCUGGCAAGCAACUACUCGCUGAAAUCCGAGCUGGAGAAGAUCCGCCUGGAGGACCACUACUUUUUACGCCCCUCCUCCACCGCCGCCGCGGAUGCAGACGCAACGCUGGAGCCCGACGAGUACCCAGACCCGGAGAACAUCAAUCUGAGCUCGCUCAUGUCGCGGAUGCGGCAGAUCCGCAGCAGCGGGCAGAUCCAGUACCGCAUCCCCAAGAAGCGGCGGCGCGCGGACGAGCCCAAGCCGAGGGCGGAGGGGGAGCUGGAGGAUGACGAGCUCGAGACCGUCACCAUACAGCGUCAGAAGAGGGUCAAGAAGAAUCCGAGGGGCCCAAGGGGAGAGAAGGAGAAGGAGAGGGGCAAGGAGAAGGAGAAGGAGAGGGGCAAGGAGAAGGAGAGGGAGAGGGAGAGGGAGAGGGAGGAGGAGGGUCAGGGAGUGGAGGAAGAGGGAGAGGGGGGGGUUGUUGAGGCCAGCGUGUCAUCCACCCAUGGUGCUGGAGACGAUACUGGAGUGCCAUCCGCCCAUGGCUGCCCUUCCUUUAACCAGAGUGCCGGGUUCUUUGCUAUAGGUAGUGGAGAUUACUCUAUUUGUCCCACAGUUUUGGUUUUCGGUUUUUUCUGCUAUUUCGAUUUGGCUUUUAUUUUUUUUUAA